UGAAAUCGAAUACACAGAGCAUCCUCCGCUGCAGAAGACAUCCCUCCGAUAUACAACAUUAGAAAUGGGGCGCAGGAAGUCAAAGAGAAAGCCACCUCCAAAGAAAAAAAUGACAGGUAACCUGGACGUCCAGUUCACCUGCCCAUUCUGCAACCACGAGAAGUCCUGCGAUGUCAAAAUGGAACGAACCCGAAACACAGGAAUUAUAUCGUGCAGUGUUUGCUUGGAGGAGUUCCAGACUCCUAUAACCUAUCUGUCGGAGCCGGUGGAUGUUUACAGUGAUUGGAUCGAUGCCUGUGAAGCAGCCAAUCAAUAGCUGUGUCUUCCUGUGACUCGCCUUCUCUCUAACCUCACUCGCUUGUAUUUCACCCCAGUGAUUGGUCCGAAUAAAUUACUGUUCAGCCAGCACAGUGUAGCAAAAUCUGCACAAAGAACAGAAGUAUUACGUUUUUGCGUGACAGUUUAGUUUUGCUACAGUGUGGCUCGCUGAGCGUGACACGUCCCCCUGGCUGGGCCAGAGGCUGCCAUGUUGUUUUGUCUACAUCCCAGUUCUCAGUGUAAAAGUUUUUCUUUUUUGUGUAGUUUAUUUUCAUUAUUUUUGGACUAAAUAUUUAAGGUUUAAAAUGUAACUGACUGAACCCCAUCAGUGUCAAACAUUCCACCUCCUUCGGUAUUCUUUGUGUGUAUGGAUAAAAACGAUAUGUUGCUAUGACACGUCGUUUAGUUUCCAACCUGCCUCUAACAAUGCACUGAAACUAUUUGUUGGUCGACACGU